UCCAUAGGCUGUUGGGCUGAUGCUCUGAGUACGUUGGAGUUUGUCUUUUUUUAAACAAACAAAAAAAAACUUUCUUUCUCUUUUUUUUGGUAACCGUUGCUGUUUUUGUUUCUUAUCGCCCACCUGAGGCACGGACGCCACGAUGUUUCAGCUCAGGUUGUUUGUUCACCAGCGCCUGUACGCUGCAGCUGAAGAGAUCCUCGGGCAGAUGGAGAACACCAUCACGUUAGUUUUGCACGAGGCAGACGUUCGAGCUAAAGAGGAGGCGGAAAGUCUGCGACACCAGCUGAAAUCAGCUGAAGAACUUCCAAUGACCAACAGUGCCGUCCAACAUGGAGAUGAAUGUGACUCCCCGCUGCUGCAGGAGUGCGAGGGACCCACAAACACAGAAGAGUUUGACUUGACACCGAGCCCUGAGAAUCCAGGAACCCCUGAGCCCACUGCAGAUCUAAGCAGUAACAGUGGGAACUACUGCCUGGUGGAGAGGCCUGAGGUGAAGAUGGAGCAGGAGGAGCAUAGGAAUGAGAGUUUUUUCUCUCCUCCAGGAACUGUGAAAAGUGAGGAAGAACAGUCGGACACGCAAAUACAUGAAAUGCAGAUGCUUUCUUCAAACUUGUCUGCAGCAGUUAGUGAGGAGACGGAGAGAGGAGAACAGGCCAUAACUGUGAAACAGAGAGCAAAGAUGAUGCAAGGUGACGGCAUCAGUGACGGCAAGAAAGCCCAAGCAGCUUUGUCUUAUAAGAACUGCUCGGUUAAAAGGAAAAAAGGUCGCAAGUUUUGCCAUUUGUGCGGGAAGCGUUUUCACUACACCGCCUCUUUAAUGAAGCACAUCAAAACGCACGAGAAGUGUACCAGUUGCAUUAUUUGUGGGAUGAAAUACGGGUGUCCAAAAGAACUUGUUUUCCAUUUGAAAAAGAAACACAGAGAUGCAUAUUUUUGUGAUGUUUGCGGUAAAACUUUUUUCAAAGUCCGCAGCCUCCAGACUCACGAAAGAAAACACACACUGACGAAAGAGUUUGUGUGUCAGGAAUGUGGCAAAACGUACCGGUAUAAACACUGUUUGAUUACGCACAUGAAGAGCCAUUCUGGGGAGUAACCAUACCCUUGCGAUAUUUGUGGUAUGCGCUUUAGUCAAAAUUCAUACAUGACAUGACACAAGACCACCCAUAUGGGCGAGAAGCCUUAGCCUUGCUAUAUGUGUUGUUUGCACCUAAUCUCAAGUUGCAUUUGCAAACAUGUAUCAAAGCAGAGUGAUCCCUUUUUUUCCUGUCUAGUUGAAAUUGGAUAGCUUUUAAUAUCAUCCACUUAACACGACUGUGCCUGAUGUGGUGUCAAAUAACUGUAAUUCAUAAUGUUUGGUUUGCUUUAAAGACCAUUGCAUCAUUUCUACAGCUAUAUGCUGCUGUUGGUUAACACGAUUUUGCUGUUUUCCCUAGUGGGCUUUGAUGCAAGAUUAGUUCAACUUUGACUGCAUGAGUACGAGUGUAGAACAACACAUCUGCAGCUCUUGUUGCCCUCUGUGAUGCUCUGGUGUUGUGAGUUUAAUUUCCACAGUUGACACUAAGGUUUAACAUUACGGUGAUCCACUUGUCUCUGGCUGCAGCCAUGACGUGCAUACAUUUAGAUGGUAAAUGGUGUUAAAUGUAAUAUUGGUAUGUGUAUUGUCUCAGAUCUGUGGAUAAUGUAGAUAAUGCAUGUGGAUUUUUUUCAAUAUGUUAUUACUUCAUAAAACUCUGCAUUUUGAUGGA